AUGGCUGCCGAUCAAGGAGCUUGUGCAGUCCGAACCCGUCGUUAUUUUUACGAUUCGAGCACGAAUCGAUGUACAGAAUUCGAAUAUGGUGGUUGUGAGGGCAAUUUGAACAAUUUCGACACUCGAUUGAAAUGCGAACAGUUCUGCAUCGACGGUUAUGAUCUGGACACGAGCAGUGCGUUUUUGAGUGGGACUGAGCCGAUGCAGGCUUAUCAAAUCGGAUUGACACUCAGCGGACCACUUUUAAGACAUGAAAAUCGACCAGGAAUAAACGAGUGA